UCUGAUGAAAAAUCAUAAUGUCGUCAACAGAAGAAAUUGAAAUUGAAAAUUUUGAUGAUGAUCAUUCACAAUCCAUGAAAAAUGUAUCGAUUUUAUGGCGAAAUCUUCGUUUUGAAGUGAAUAAUAGCCGUUACAAUUGUUGGUUUAAUAAACCUAAAAUUAUUCUACAAAGAUUGAAUGGUCAUUUAUAUAGAAAAAGUUUAAACGGAUUUCUUGGUCCCAGUGGUUCCGGUAAAACAACCUUAUUAAAUUGUCUGAAUGGAACAUUACAAUCUGGCGUUUCAGCUGAUUCCGAAAUUUAUAUCCGUCGAAAUGACAAGAUACCGGUAAUUCGUAUAAUUGAACAACAUAUCCAAGAAACAAUCAUUGGUAAAAUGACAAUCCGUCAGAUACUUGAAUAUGCAUUUCGAUUUAAAAAUAAUCGUGAUGACAAUCGAAUAAUGAAUGAACACAUUGGCCAGGUAUUGAAGGAAUUGAUACUGGACGAAACUAUUCUGAAUAAACAAUUUGAACAUUGUUCUGGUGGUGAACAAAGACGUGUUGCAAUCGCACAGGAACUAAUGUCCUUACAACAGCCAGAUUUCUUAUUUCUGGAUGAACCAACCACCGGUUUAGAUAGUAAUUCAGCAUUAUUGGUUAUGCAAUGUUUACGACGAUUAGUGGAUCAUAAUGAUCAUUUAACGAUUUUGGUUUCAAUUCAUGUACCAAGUUCAGAUAUCUUGAAUCUUUUCGAUAAGCUUUAUAUACUAGCAAAAGGCGGUGUUUGCAUAUAUUUUGAUGACGCCAAAAAUUUACAAGGAAAAUUGGAACAAACAACCCAACAAGAAUUGGAAGCGGAUAAACCACCGAUUGAAGAAUAUUCGAAAAUAGCCUGUAAAGGAAUCGGUGAUGAAUUGGUUAGAAAGUUCGCCAAUUCAUGUUUGCAGGAACAAAUAGCGACGAUAAACUCCACAACAAAAAUCAUCAAUCAACAAGAAUUUUAUUCGAUUGAUCAAAUUAUUUCAAAAAAUCAAAAAAAAUUUUCGUUGUAUGAUUUAUGGUUACAAUUUAAUCGUUUACUACUCAUCGUAUUCGUAGUGGAACGUACAAAAUUAUUUCUAUUACUCAUAUCAUUGGCAUUGUUUAUUACGGUUUUAUCAACAAUGUAUGAUCCAUUAAUGGUUACACCAAACACGUGUUAUUCAUUCGACAAUAAUGAUGAUGGCGCUGAUAUUGGUAAUAUAACUUGUAUGCAAAAACAUUCAAAUGAGAAUUAUAUAUUCCAAUAUCGUAUAUUUCUAACAAAUAUCAUAUGGAUAUCGGGUGCUACUACAAUAUCAAUCAGUGCAAUUUCGUUUAUACAGAUGAUGAAAAUUUUCAUUAAUGAACAUCGAAAUAAAUGGUAUAGUUUGGUUGCUUUUUAUCUAUCAUUCAAUCUUGUACGAUUGUUUGAAUUUACAUUGGUAGCCAUUUUCCUUACAAUAUUCAAUUAUUUCACUGUAAAUCAUUUAUAUAUUGAUCAAUAUCGCAUUGACUGGCAACGAUUUGGUUAUUAUGUUUAUUUUACAUGGUUAAUCAUCAUAUAUACUCAAAGUUGUGGUUUUCUACUUGGCAUCAUAUUCACCCGUUAUUUGGAAAUUGCCGUUAUAUUAGGAUUGAUUGUUUCACAAACAUUUCAUAUAUUUAUUGGUUUUAUUUUCAAAUCUGAACAAUUGAAUGAUCCUGUAUGGCAAACAGUGAUGAAAAUUGUUAAAAAUCGUUAUAUUUAUAAUGGUUUUUUAUAUUCAUUUUAUUCAUUUCAUCGUUGUGAUCCUGAAACGGAACGUUCAUAUAUAUUAGUCGAUAACGAUAUUGAUCAAGAUCAAAUAUUUAGUAAAUCUUCUGGAGUUUUCUUGAAUAUUCUUAUUAUACGAUUGAUUACUGCCUUGAUACUUUGGUGGAAAUUUUCUUUCUAUUAUAAACGUGGCAAAAAACAAUUGCCUCAGACCACGACAAACGAUGAAUUAUUGCCAAUCGAUUAUGAUGAAAAUGCCAAAAUGGAAAAUAUUGAUUUAACACGAAUAAAUCGCACAAAAAUUGGCAAAGAAAUUGAAUUUGAAAAUUUUACACGAAAUAAAAUUAUGAUUUCAUGGCGUUCGAUCAAUCUGUUUGCAUCUUCAUCAAUAUAUGAAAUGCGUUCAGCCAAUAAUAUUGAUCAAGGAUCGAAAUUAAUCCUGAAAAAUUUAAAUGGUCACUUUCGUUUCGGUUCAUUGAAUGCAUUGAUGGGUCCAUCGGGUGCUGGCAAGACAUCAUUAUUGAAAGUUUUAAAUGGACAAAUGAAAACGCGAUUGAGUGAAGAAAGUGAAUUUUAUCUCACAAAAUAUUGUCCAACACGUGUAUGUUAUUUGACGCAAGAAGUUUCUGGACAUCUGAUGCCUGGUUUAACAGCGCUACAAAGUCUUAUAUAUGCAUCAAGAUUGAAAAAUUCAUCCGAAGAAUCCAAUUUAAAUCAUGAAAGUAUUGCAAGAAAUAUGUUGAAUGAAUUAGGCAUCGCAGAUAUAGCUGAUACUUAUGUACAAAAAUGUUCAGGUGGUGAACGUAAACGACUGGCAUUGGGUUUAGAAUUAACUAGCCAAAGAAUGCCAAAUUUGAUUUGCAUCGAUGAACCAACCAGUGGAUUGGAUAGUAAUUCAGCUGAAGUUGUUGUAGCUUAUUUGGCUAAACUUGCACGUGCACAUAAUCUGACCAUCAUUGCUAGUAUUCAUCAACCAAACAUUCAAGUGUUGAUGAUGUUUGAUCAACUUUAUGUGCUCGCUAAAGGUGGUGUGUGUGUUUAUUCGGGUCCACCGUCAAAUAUACGACAAUUUCUCAUGCAAAUUCCCGAUAUCAAUGAAACGAGAAUCAAGGAAGAAAACAACUUAUUUCCCAUCGAACAACUUAUACGAUAUUCUUGUUUGAAUUACACAGAUCCGAUAGUUGAAAAACUAGCUCAACAUGCAACAGCGAUGGAAAUUACAAAUCAACAAAACAAAAUGGAAUCAAUGCAAGAUACACAAAAAGUUAUCGAUGGUAUUCCAACGAAUCGUAUCCGAUUUUCAUUAAGAUCAUGUUGGAUAUUGUUAUUACGAUAUAUGGCCUAUAUUCGUGGACAUAAAUGGAUAUCGUUUACGGCAUUUAUAAUUCUUAUUAUUAUACAAGGUCCAUCGUUAGUAAUGAAAAUCAACACAAAUAUUGCACUGACAAGUGGUUGUGUGAAUUGGGAAGAAUCCUAUAAUAAUACUUGCAAUCGAACCGAAGUAGAACGCCAGAAAGAUGAUGAUUUGGAACAAAAUUUCAUGUACAUUAUUUCAGCAAAUACUUUUUUUGUUUCAUUGAUAUUUCUACAAUGUACAAUAUUAUUAUUAUCUGAAUUACGAUAUUUUUCAAAUGAACAUCGAAAUGGUUGGUACAGUAGUGGUACAUUCUAUCUAACCAGGAUGGUUAUUGAAUGGAUACCAUUAUUAAUAACGACCAUUGGUUUUGUCUACACGAUCAAUAUCUAUGAAAUCGUACGGCCAGGGAUUUUUUAUUGGUACACGUUGUUAUUCAUUUUGGCCGUGAUUCCAAUGCAAAGUAUUGGUUAUUUACUGGUAAUUGUUGCUGCAAAUAGUUUUGCCGUCAUUAUCGUUACAAUGUCUGUCAUUUCAAUAAUAUGGUUUCUUCUAUCCGAUGGAAAUGCACCCAUUGAUGAUUUACAUUACAGUUAUCAAAUCUUAUCCAAUUUUGUUCCAUUACGUUUUCUAAAUCGUGGUACAUUAAUCUUGCAAUAUGGUUUUGAUCGUUGUCGUUCGAAAGAAAUUCAAGCAAUUCUUUAUCGUUAUCAUAUUGUAGAUGAUGAUCUGAAUCAUUCAAUAUUGAUGUUAAUUAUGAAUGUCCUGUUAUUUCAAACAUUGGCAUUAUUGGCAUUGAUUGUGAAAGUAAAUCCAUUUCAAUCACGGCGAAAUCGUGCUGAAAAAAUUUUGAAUCAUCAUCAAACAUUACGACCAUCAAAUGUAAUCAUACCUGGUCUUGGUUGCCAUCAUGAAUUUACAAUCAAACAAUUUGUCGUAUAAAAAUGAUAAUUAUCCAUUUUGUACUAAACAAAAAAAAAGAGACGAAUGAGA